AUGGCAAACCAGCAGGAGCCGGCCAACCUCUGCCAUGCCCUGUUUGAUUCCUUCGUCCAGGCCCAGACCUGUAAGGAAGUCCAGCAGAACUUCACUGAGCUCUGCUGCCACCUACAGGUGGAUCCGAAGGACUACAGUCAGUUUUAUAACAAGCUUAAAGAAAGACUCAACUACUGGAAGGCCAAAGAUCUCUGGCAAAAGCUAGACACGAGGGCCUCCCACCCUGACUACCUUCAGGGCCAAGUUUGUGCCAAAAACAAGUGUUUGGUGUUGGGGGCAGGCCCCUGUGGUUUGCGGACAGCUAUAGAGCUGGCUCUGCUGGGGGCUCGAGUGGUGCUGCUGGACAAAAGAGAUUCUUUCUCCAGGAACAAUGUCCUCCACCUGUGGCCUUACACCAUCCGUGACCUGCGCGCUCUCGGAGCCAAGAAAUUCUACGGCAAAUUCUGCUCAGGCUCUUUGGACCACAUCAGUAUCCGGCAGCUGCAGCUGAUUCUGCUGAAGGUAGCUCUUCUUUUGGGAAUUGAGGUCCAUACAGGAGUGGACUUCAAGGAUCUUGUUGAGCCCCAGGCCUCUGGAGACAUAGGAUGGAGAGCAAAAGUACAGCCAUCGAACUGUCCAGUAGCUACAUAUGAAUUUGAUGUUUUUAUCUCUGCAGGAGGGGGCCGCUUUGUACCUGAGGGCUUUAAGAGGAAGGAGAUGAGGGGAAAACUGGCCAUUGGAAUCACAGCCAACUUCAUCAACCGCCGCACCGCCGCUGAAGCCCAGGUGGCCGAGAUCAGCGGAGUCGCUCGAAUCUACAAUCAAAAAUUUUUCCAGGAUCUUCACAGUGAGAUGGGAAUUGACCUGGAGAACAUCGUCUACUACAAAGAUGACACACACUAUUUUGUCAUGACUGCCAAGAAGAAGAGUUUACUGAAGCAAGGUGUCAUCAAGCAGGAUUACUCUGAUGCAGAGCAGUUGUUAGCUCCAGCGAAUGUGGAUAAAGGAGCCCUGUUGCAGUAUGCAUACGAUGCAGCAGAUUUCUCCACAGGCCGCAGACUGCCUGACCUGGAGUUCGCCUGCAACCACAACGGCCAGCCAGACGUGGCCAUGUUUGACUUCACCUGCAUGUACCGUGCUGAGAACGCAUCGCUCGUUAGGGAGAGGAGGGGCAAGAAACUCCUCAUCGGUCUGGUGGGAGACUGCUUGGUGGAGCCUUUCUGGCCUCUGGGAACUGGCAUAGCCCGUGGUUUUCUGGCUGCAUUUGACGCAGCGUGGAUGGUGAGGAGCUGGGGUAAAGGAGUGCCCCAUCUGCAGGUUAUGGCAGAGAGAGAGAGUAUUUAUCAGCUACUGUCUCAGACCACACCAGAGAACACAAGUAAGAACUAUUCAGCCUACAGCAUAGACCCCAAAACCCGCUACCCCAACAUCAACCUGUUUUCCAUCAAACCCAACCAAGUGCAACACCAGUACGACUUUGAAGACCACUCUGACAUCAGCAGAGUUAGUACAAAAAAACAGAAAGUCAAGAUGGUCUCCAAACGGCAAGAUUCUCUUGGAGGUUAUGGGUAUCUGCUUAACUGGUGUCAGAAGCACACUGCGGGGUAUGAGGGGGUGAAAGUGAAGGAUCUGAGUCAGUCCUGGAAGUCCGGCCUGGCUCUCUGUGCCCUCAUCCACAGCUUCAGGCCUGAAUUAAUUGACAUGUCUUCUCUGGAUCGGUCCAAUCCUGCCUACAACAAUCAGCUGGCAUUUGACAUCCUGCAGAAAGAGCUGGGUAUAACGCCCAUCAUGUCAGGCAUUGACAUGGCCUCUAGCAGCAAAAUCGACAAGCUCUCUAUGGUGUUUUACCUCACUCAGAUCUACAAUGCUUUCAAUGAAAAAACGUCCCCUGCAGAUCAGAUUAGCACCAUCGCCCCCUCCAAACCGCUCUCCUUCUCCAGGACCCGUUCAGCCGUUUUUUUCCUGAACAAGCUCAAACAUAACUCCCUUCAGAGACGUAAGGAGAGAAUCACAAAAGAAAAAGAAGAGAAAGAACUACAGAAGAAGGUGGAGGAGAGAAACUCUGUGAGCCCUGUUCCUGUGCCUGAUCUGAGUGGCAGUGAGGUGUGUUAUUUCUGUGACCAGCGACUCUACCUGCUGGAGCGCGGCAGUGCCGAGGGCAAGUUCUUCCACCGCAGCUGCUUCACCUGCCACCACUGUGGCACCACCCUGCGCCAGGGCGGCUACGUUUUCCACCAAGACACCGGGAGGUUCUUCUGCGAAAUGCACUCCGAGGAGGUGGAACUAGGCCAUAGAGAUCUGUCUGUAAGCAUGCAGGAGGAAGUCAGAGAGGACGAGAAGGAAACCGGGAAAAGUGAGAAAGAAAAUGCCGAAAAAGUAGAGAAUGGAGAAAAGGAAAUGAACAGUUCCCCUCAGUCCCAAGGUUCUGUGAUUAGGAAGGACUCCUAUAAGAAGCAUAAAGAGCCAGAGCCUGGUAAAGACACAGAGCUCAACACAUCCAAAAACCAGGAGGACCAGAGAGCAGACAGCCCAGCUAGAGACUCUGACGAGCCCCUCAAACUCACAGAGAGCUCUCCUGAGCCGGAGCAUGGGGAUCUCCAGCAAAGCGAAGACAAAACCAGCUCUCCGAUGACCACUCCAGUUCCUGCUCCUCGCAGCUCCAAAAACCAUCCAGUCCCCAAACCUCGUACCAUUCACAACAUCCCUGUCUCAGAAGCCGACCCAGCUCCCAGCAUGGACAAACACACAUUAGACGGCCCAACGGACAAGCCGGCCCCGGUUGUCCUCUCUGCGAGCGACGACAAGGACGAGGAAGACGAGGAUGAGCCCAUGAAGAUCCUGGCCUCAUGGGCUGAGAACGGGGUUGAGAAGCCCACGUCAGACCUGAGGCCGAAGCAGUCCCCAGUUGUCGUCUCUGCAAGUGACGACGAGGAAGAGGAGGAUGAAGACAUGAAGAUCCUGGCCUCGUGGGCCGAGAACGGGAUUGAGCAGCCCACGUCAGACCUGAGGCCGAAGCAGUCCUUACGGAAGCUCCAGCUUUCCGAGGAGGAGAGGAGCCAGCUUGUCAACCUGUCCUUUGGCCAGGACUCAGACCCAGAGACCCCGGCAUCGUCCUCAGCGGCCUCCACCUCCUCAUCAUCCAAACAGCCUGACGGAGGAGAGGAGGAGGGCUACUGGAGCGGGGGUAACUCAGUGAGGCACAUUCGGGAACAGAGGAACCGUAGGUGCUUCAGGAGAAAGACUGAACCUGCUAGCCUGGCCCAAGCCCAGCAAAACAGGGUUCGGUCCAAAUUCUCCCCCUGGAACCUGUCCUCUCCACGACUCGGCAGGAUCCCACAUUUCAGUGUCGUCAGCAGCUGUGGAGGGGAUGCAGGACAUUUUCAUCCUGACCACAGUGUGUCUGGAGACGAUGAUGUGGACUGUGAGGAUGAGGAGGAAGAGGAAGACGAUCUUCUGGCUGAUGAAAAUGCAGAUUUGCUGAAUGAGAUGGACUUGCCCCCAAAUGUUGCCCUGGCUGAGAAGCAGAGGCUGUUGAAGAUGAGGACUCUGGAGCGCAGGGCAAAGAUCACUGAAAUGCAGCGUUUCCACAAAGCGCAGUCUAUCCAGCGGCGACUGGAGGAGAUUGAGGUGACGUUUAAGGAGCUGGAGGAGAAAGGAGUUGUGUUGGAGCGGGCUCUAAGAGGAGAAGCAGGUUCUGGUGGUUCUGAUAUGAUUGACCAGUGGAUUGACCUGGUUCAGCAGAAGAACGCCCUGGUGUCUGAGGAGUCUGACCUCAUGGUGGCAUCCCGACAGCUUGAGCUGGAGGACAAGCAAAGCAUGCUAGAGAUGGAACUCCGCCACUAUAUGGAGAUGGAGAACUCAGAGAAGACUGAGGAGCAGCAUAAUAAAGAGAAGGAGGUGCUUGCUCAGAUGCUGGAGGUGGUGGACAUGAGGAACUCUCUGGUGGCUUUCCUGGAGGAGAAGAGACUCCGGGAGAUCAGUGAGGAGCAGCUGACUGCAGGCUCACUGCUGGAGACCAAGAGACACUCCAGCGCAGGAGCCCAGGUACACUGGGAGUGAGGAACU